GCCCCCGUCUACUCCGGGGUGGUGCUUAGCCGGCGCCAGAUCGACCCUCGGCUCCGCUGGGGCAGUGCGGUGCCUUUGGGCUCUUCCCGCUCCGCCCCGUCCGCUUCGCCGGGUGCCGCCGCGGCGCCGCUCCCGUCCCCGGGGACCCGCACUCUCGGUGCAUGCGCGCCCCCCGAUCCGACUCCAGAGAUGUCCACCCCGGCUCGGCGGCGUCUCAUGCGAGACUUCAAGAGGUUGCAAGAAGAUCCUCCGGCUGGAGUCAGCGGGGCCCCCUCGGAGAAUAACAUCCUGGUCUGGAACGCGGUCAUCUUCGGCCCGGAGGGAACCCCAUUUGAGGAUGGCACAUUUAAACUCACAAUCGAGUUUACUGAAGAAUAUCCGAAUAAAGCACCUACUGUGAGAUUUGUCUCUAAGAUGUUCCAUCCAAAUGUCUAUGCUGAUGGCAGUAUUUGUCUGGAUAUACUGCAGAACCGUUGGAGCCCAACUUAUGAUGUAUCUUCCAUUUUAACAUCCAUUCAAUCUCUUUUGGAUGAACCGAAUCCUAAUAGUCCAGCCAACAGCCAGGCUGCCCAGCUGUAUCAGGAAAACAAGCGGGAAUAUGAGAAGCGUGUCUCCGCAAUAGUUGAGCAGAGCUGGCGUGAUUGUUAACCCAACCCAAGUGUCAUUCAAGAAGAAGCUGGUUAUCAGAAAAAUACUCGUUGAUAUGUUUGUUAUCUUCUUGUUCCUUAGUGUUAUUACAUUUACUUUAUUAAAAGCAACAUAGCUGAUAAUAUACUGUUUCCAUAUUCCCUUGCUAAGGGUUUCCAACCCCUCUAUGCUCUUGUUGAACAUCAGAAAACACACUGUCUGCAAUCAAAUGUACUGUACCUGGGUUAUUUGCAAAAAAAAUGACUAAUGCUUACUUCUGAGUCUCUUGUAUCUCAAAAUGAGUCAUAUACAAGAGGUGCUUUAGGCC